UUCCAAGCCUUGAUUUCCUAGGACAAACACAAGCUCUUCAAGUGUGUUUUCCUCUCUCUAACAGAACUACUUCUCCUUAAUUUUCAACAAGUUGAAAUUUGUUCAGUUAGUGAAAAGAAAGAAACAAACAAGAAAGAUGGAAGGAAAAGGCAGCAGCUCUGCAGGGAGUUCUUUUGAGAAGGCUAAGCCAUACAUAGCCAUGAUUUGUUUGCAAUUUGGGUAUGCUGGGAUGAAUAUUAUUACAAAGGUGUCUCUUAACAGAGGAAUGAGUCACUAUGUGCUGGUCGUUUACAGACAUGCCUUUGCCACUGCUGCUAUUGCUCCCUUUGCUCUAAUUCUAGAAAGGAAAGUGAGGCCGAAGAUUACGUUUACGAUAUUCAUGCAGCUGUUUGUGUUAGGACUUCUUGGGCCUGUCAUAGAUCAGAACUUGUACUACGCUGGACUUAAGUUCACUUCCCCAACUUUUUCAUGUGCCAUGAGCAACAUGCUUCCUGCUAUGACUUUUGUUAUGGCCGUCAUCUGCAGGAUGGAGAAGGUGAAUCUGAAGAAGUUGAGGUGCCAAGCAAAGGUGGUCGGAACGAUAGUAACAGUGGCUGGAGCCAUGCUGAUGACACUGUACAAAGGACAUGUGAUCAACAUGGUCUGGUCCAACUACAUUCAUCCUCAGAAAUCCUAUGUUCCUACAACCAUUGACUCAAACACUGACAAGGACUGGGUUAAGGGCUCUAUCCUCCUCAUCAUUGCCACUCUUGCCUGGGCUUCUUUCUUCAUCCUUCAGGCAAUCACACUGAGAAAAUACACAGCCCAGCUUUCACUGACAGCCCUCGUGUGCUUCAUGGGAACACUCCAAUCUAUUGCUGUCACCUUCGUGAUGGAGCACAAACCACACGCUUGGGCCAUCGGUUUCGACAUGAACCUCUUGGCUGCUGCCUAUGCUGGUAUUGUUUCCUCAAGCAUUGCAUACUACGUCCAAGGUAUUGUGAUGCAAAAACGAGGGCCCGUUUUCGUCACCGCCUUCAGCCCGCUGAUGAUGAUCAUUGUUGCCAUCAUGGGCUCCUUCAUCUUGGCCGAGAAAAUUUACCUCGGAGGGGUUCUUGGGGCAGUGUUGAUAGUGAUAGGACUGUACUCAGUGUUGUGGGGCAAAUACAAGGAAUACAAAGAGAAGGAAGCAGAGGAAUUGAUUCUUGAACCAGUGAAAGGUGGGUCAGUGAGCAAUCAGACAAUGACAACGUCGGAAGAUAUCGAAGCAAAUAUAGUUGAAACGCAGAGCAGAAUGCCGGUUCCAGCCGUAGCCGUCACUGCACCAAUGCCACAGCCUCCCAUGAUAGCCGUGCAGGCGCCAAAGCUAUAAACCAGUUCAAGAAAAUUAAAUACAGCUAGGAAAUAUAUAUAUAUAUAUAUAUAUAUAUAGAUGGUAGAAAUAGGAUAAAGAAUUAAAAGAAAAAAAGAUGGUAGUACUGGUGGGUAAGGAAGGUUGAGUAAGGGUUUUUUUAGUAAUUAUAGCUUCACUAUUUUCUUUUUUUUUUUUCUAAUAUAUAUAAAUUUGGAUAUUUUGUUUUUAAAAUUAUGAUGAGUAGAUGAGGGAGUUUGUGCUCUUCG